CGUCUUCCGGGAAGAGCCGUUCACGCUUCAGCGAAGUUUGCCAGAUUGCUAAUAGAUUCGAUAUCUAGAAGUAAACACAAGUGCCCUUAAAUGUUCUAAUGUCUUAACAGUUGAUGUACAUAAGCCCUCCGAAAUGGAUGAUAUCAAUUUACACUACAGAUUCCUGAACUGGCGGCGCCGGAUCAGGGAAAUCAGGGAAGUACGUGCUGUUCGUUAUCAAGAGCGCUACAAACGAAUGUUGAAGAAUGAAGACACGCUAUGUUACCAAGGGAACUCUGAUGAAGUUGGCUGCUACGUGGCUCCACGCCCCUUGUCAAAGGGAAACUGUUACUUUGAGGUUACCAUUAUGGAUACUGGAGUGAGGGGAACGAUUGCUGUUGGGCUGGUUCCUCAAAAUUACAAACUUGACCAUCAGCCCGGCUGGCUUCCGCAUUCAAUCGCUUACCAUGCUGAUGAUGGAAAGUUGUACAAUGGCAACCCUGUCGGUCAGCAAUUUGGUCCAAAAUGUAACCGUGGUGACCGAAUAGGUUGUGGUAUCUAUGCAGACACUUUUGACGCUGGACUUGUUACUGUGUUCUUCACCAAGAAUGGCAAGGAAGUGGGCACAGUGGUAGUGCCUGUGGCUCCAGAUGGGUUGUUCCCUGCCAUUGGCAUGCACUCCCUGGGUGAGGAGGUACGGCUGGACCUGCAGGCAGAGUGGGGUUCUGAGGAGGAGGACAGUGUCAUGAUGGUGGACAGCCACGAGGAUGAAUGGGCACGACUUUAUGAUGUCAGAGUCAGCGGCACGCUUCUGGAAUAUGUUGGGAAAGGGAAGAGCGUCAUGGACGUAGGUCUGGCUCAGGCUCGUCAGCCCCUCACCACACGUAGUCACUACUUUGAAGUGGAUAUUGUAGAUCCUGGAGAGAAGUGUUAUAUCGCCCUGGGCCUGGCAAGGAGAAAUUACCCAAAGAAUAGGCAUCCGGGCUGGAGUCGGGGUUCUGUUGCAUAUCAUGCAGAUGAUGGGAAGAUCUUCCAUGGCAGUGGAGUUGGAGACCAGUUUGGCCCACGCUGUUUUGAAGGGGACAUCAUGGGCUGUGGAAUUAUGUUUCCUAGGGACUACAUGCUGGACUAUGAAGAUGAAAUUGACGACUGGGAAGCGGUGGAUGUACAACCGAAGCAGGAGCGUGUUGAAAACCUAAUGUAUUUGAAUGAUGAAGAUGAGGAAGAGGGAGACAACCCAGAGCAAGAACAAGAGGGCCAAAAAGUCAUGGUGUUCUUCACCCGAAACGGCAAGAUUAUUGGCAGAAGGGAGGUGAUGGUUCCAACUGGGGGGUUUUACCCCACCAUCGGUAUGCUCAGCACUGGAGAAAAAGUAAAAGUUGACCUCCAUCCUCUCAGUGGCUAAUGAAUGCAGAACUUGAAUCCAUAUCCCCAAUCCUGCUGUCAGCCAAUCGCAACAUUUCACUAACCCACCAUGCUGAAAUUCAGGGACAGAAUUGAUACACCAAGAAAGAAUGGUGGGAACGGUUUAUUUAUGCUUUAAACAAAUACAAAAAGGCACUUGAGAAUGCAACAGUGUAACACUUUCAAAGUUUAACACACCCACAUAAGUGCAUCAGCAAACAGCAUUUCUCAGAUACUUCAUUUCUACUUAAAACUAGCUUAAAACGGUUUACUCUGAGACCAUAGAAGGUUAUGGCUUCAAUAUUGGGCUUUCAAACUGUAUAGCCUAAUGAACGAUUGAAUGGAAUGUUCCAGGUUCAAUACAAGUUCACAAGGUCACUCAACAUAAUUUGUUGCAUAAUAUUGAUUAACACAGAAAAUAAUCUCAACUCGCCCGCUUUUUUUUUCGAUAUAAAAAAAAAAAAACUGUUACAGUAAGUCACUUACAAUGGAAGUCAAUGGGGCCAGCUCAUAAAAAUUAAAAUAUACAUAGUUUCAAAAGUAUAUUGAUAAGAUGUAAAUAUUUUAUGUGUAAACAUGAUUUUAGUGUGAUAAAGUCUAUGUUCUACUUUAUUUGAAUGUUAUAAAAUUGAUUACAAGGUUUGUUGGCCUAAUGGCAUCAUGGCAAUGAAGUUGUAAUAUUGAUACAACUUUACACAGGUACAGCACAAGGUUAGUGAUUUUAUUACACUGAAAUCAUGUUUACAUCUUGUGACUAUCCUUUUUGAACGGUGUGUAUUUUGAUGUUUAUGGACUUUCAUUGUUAGAGCCUUACUGUUACAAUGAUUUUUAGUUUAUAUUAUGCCACAAAUGCUGUCGAUUCGGCUGGUAUUGAUCCUGAAAAUUUACUUAAAAAAUAUUAAGCUCAAUGCAUAUUUUCUCUCUUAGAUUAAAGUACAUAAUUAAAUGUAUGUAUUGGCUGCUAUACAAACAUAUUCACUAAAUUGGGAAUACAGUUUUUUUUUUUAAUCAGAAAGGAAUGGAGAACCAUCACACCCUAAAGAACCUUGAAGGUGAUGAAAGCAUAUUAUGGUCUUUUUAUGAUUCGUUUUGAAUGUCAAAUUUAAUCAAGAGCCACUUUUGCUCUUAUUUCCGUCUCAAAAAUGAGUGGUGAAGGGAAGGUGUUCGCCAGUAAACAGCAUUAAGUAGUUUCUAAGGCGAGUUGUAUCGUCUCCAGUCGUAUAUCUUAUACAUUCUUCUGUCAUCGGGAAGAAUGCUAAUCAGCAACUCCAGACCAGAUACAGUGCAAGAAAAAAACAUAAUGCACUGAAUAGGCUACUUAAAGUUUUAUAAAUAAAUAUCUAUGAAUGCAACAUAACAGAUCAGUUUAUCUAUAUUUAGUUCAAGUGGGUUUCUCCAAGCCUUUCUGUAAAUUGUGUUCUAAAAUUUUUGUUGUGGUUUGUAGAUAUUUGAUCAGAUUGUGCAAGGCAGACGCCCCAUUGGAGUAGCAUUUCAUUUAGGGAAAAACAUUGAGCUGUUUAUAAGCAUUUUCUGCUGUAAUGUGAACUAGUCCUGUUCACAAAUGCCACAAGCACUUUAGAGAUGCCUCAAAUUACACUGAUGGGCAAUCAGUCAUUAACCUGUUGCCCUCUAGACUUCUAAACAAAUGCCAUUUUGCACACCUCAUUGCAAUAAUGUUCUACUUGUUCCUUUUACAUAUCACAUAUGGGACAAUGUUUCAUGAAUGUACGUUGCCAAAUUUAAUGUCUGUUUUUGUCACCUUUUAAUAUGGUUCUCCCUCAACAGGUCUUAUCUAAACAUUGCAUGUACUAUUUUGAAUGAUUUUAUCAAACUGCUCAGUUUAAGUUGUAACAUAUAGAUUAGCUGAAUGACAGGACAUAGGCUAAGUGGAAUCCUAGCAUACUACACAGUAUAUACUUGUACACUUGCAUUUAAAAAAAAAAGACAUGAAGCAAAAAGCAACGAUGAGCUUUUCAAAUGGUAGGAUGCCGCAUUGUUGUCACAACAUCACACAAUUUAUCUGUAUUUUAGUGCAUUCCAGUUAUCAUCUUUCAGAACAUUUGAUUAAAUCAUGAGUUAAGAGAAUGUUAAAAUCCUUAGAUUAUGCACAUUAUAUACAUAAUAUAUACUACAGAAAUGGAGUAGAAUGGUAAAAUGCUAUUUCAAACAUACAGUGCAUUUACACCCUUAUGAAAAUUAGCAUUUUUACUUUAGUAAAAUUGUAGUAACCAAGAUAAAAUGUGUAUAUAUACUGUAUAUAAUUAUAAUUUUUAUCAUUUUGUGUUGCAGAAACUAGUUUUACUUAAGUAAUAUUAAUGUAAUUGUUUUUUUUUUUUUCAGUGGUUUUCAGUAGUAUCCAUAUACUAAUUAUGCUUUUACUAUAGUAAUUGUAAAAACAUGACUGUUGGAAACUUGGUCAAUUUUGUUGCUACUAUGGUUUUACUACAAAUGUCAUGUUUAAACUGUUUUUUUCUAUAGUAACUAUAUAGUUCAUUAUCGGAAGGGUAUGCAUACAAUACGCUGAUAACUCCCACUUCUAAAAGUCAGACAAUGCAAAAAAACAUCCAUUUACAUUUUAAAUUGGGUUAAUCUCUGCUUUUGACCUCAAAAUGUAAUAAGUAAUGCGCACGAUACUUGUGAGCAUUGGAUAAGCCAGAAAGACUGCCGGUAAAGGUGUUUACAUGCAACGAGAAAUCAAGGUAAUGGACUAAAAUCCACAUGCGCCGAUCGUUUUAUGUAUUUAAAGGUGCAUACAGUAACUUUUGCCUUUGUGUCAUCUAUGAUCACUGACACCCAGCGGCUUGGAUGCAGCACCAUAUAAAAUCAAUAGUUUUCAGUUUCAGAUGCCAGAAAUGUAGUGUUCACAGUCAGCUAUGAUUACUUUAAUCAACGAGUGAAAGUGUCAAACAACAGGACAGUUACUGAGAUUAAGUGAGGAGUAUUCGACUGGUCAUGUGAUUCUAACAUGGCAGCCCCCGUGUGCGGACCCUCUCCAUGUAGAAUAAAACAGCUUUCAUCAGGUUACCGUUAUGACUGGAGUCUUCAUGAUAAUGUGAGUGGUCAUGAUUUCCUUUAUAUAUUGCAAAAUUAAACUUUUUUUAAUGAGGAAUAAAUUACUGAAUGCACCUUUAAACCGUUUAUGACGUUACCCUGAUAAAAGAAAACUGUUUAAGGCGUUUACAUUUCCUAUUACAUAGUGUCGACUUAUGCAUAAUCGGUAUAAGAUUGUGCAUGUAAAUGCUCAUAUAUUCUCAAAUAGUUGGUGACGGAAUAAAGGGGUUUAGAUUGUGAUUUAAUGAGCUUUGAUUCACUGAUUUGAUUUAAAGUCCCUUAGUUUUUAUAUACUGGUGUAUAACACCCAGCAUGUUUAUUAUUUACAGGUAUUUUCUUCCAUACAUUUUUUAAUUAAAACAUUCAAUUAAGCAUGGUAUGUUGAGUCAGAGUACAAUUAUCACUUAAGGGAAAGGGUGUCACUAAAGCUUUUCAUUUGGUGCUUAAAUGCUGCAUGGUGAGAAUUAAAUUUUCAUGAUCAGACCAUUUGACAAAGAAUUUCUGUAUUCCAGACAUCAAUUGAAUUGCACAGGGAAGCCAAAACCAAAUACCUCUUAUCAGUUCAGCUUAUGCAAAUGGCAAAAAAGCCAAGAGGCUAUCUAAUCCAAAUCCUGUGAAUUCCUCUGCUGGAAUGUGGUUGCUUGAUGCAUAUGAGUGAUGUUCUGUUUUGUCACACAUUGUAGAUGUUGUAGAAUUGUAGCAUGCACUCUUUUGCUAAUCUGUGUACAUAAUUUAUUAAUAAAGAAUUAUUUCUACACAAACUGUACUUGGGCUCUGAUGUUCUGUGAAAUUCCUUAUCUAAAUCAAAUUUAAUGUCUGUAGUAAUGCUAUUAUCCAUGGUGGCU